UGGCCUCGAAGGCGGGCGACCUGGUUGUAAAAGGCACCGUACAAAUGCUUUUCUGAGGACCCCCUUCCCGGUCUUGAACUGGUCCCCAGCAGAUGAAUGGUCCCAGCUCGGGCUAUUGUGUAUGGGUAAUGGAGAGGCCCAGCGCUUCUGGAGACUAGGACUUUGUAGAAGAGAAAGCUGAAUGCUUGGACAGGGGCCCUAGCAUUUGGUGGAGGUGGCCAUGGGGAAGCGAUACUUCUGUGAUUACUGUGACCGCUCCUUCCAGGACAACCUCCACAAUCGGAAGAAGCACCUAAAUGGGCUGCAGCACCUCAAGGCCAAGAAGGUGUGGUACGACAUGUUCCGAGAUGCAGCUGCCAUCUUGCUGGAUGAACAGAACAAGAGACCUUGCAGGAAAUUCCUGCUGACAGGCCAGUGCGACUUUGGCUCCAACUGCAGAUUUUCCCACAUGUCAGAACGAGACCUGCAGGAACUGAGCAUCCAGGUGGAGGAGGAGAGGCGGGCCAGAGAGUGGCCACUGGAGACCGCUGAGCUUCCUGAGGGUCACCUGGAGGACUGGCUGGAGAAGAGAGCCAAGAGGCUGAGCUCAGCCCCAAGUAUCAGGGCGGAACCCAUCAGAACCGCUGUCUUCCAGUACCCUGUGGGCUGGCCACCAAUGCAGGAGCUGCCCCCAUCCCUGCGGGCACCCCCUCCUGGAGGGUGGUCCCUACAGUCCAGAGUCCAGUGGGGCUGAGCCCUUCCCCCCUCCCCGCCUGACUUCUCCUGGUCACCAGUCACAGUAAAGACAUUUGCUCAACCUA